AUGACUACCAUGCGUGCAUUGCUGACCCGCAGGAGACAUCCUGUGCUCAGAAUACAGAGACGGUCCAUCAUGCUGUCCACAUGGGCUACCCUUGCUGCCGGACCAUCCCUGGUCAAUUACCUCUUUGGCAAUGACACCAGGAUGGCCAACGCCAUGGAUGCCGGUGAAUUACACAACAAGAACGACGAUUACGAGUUGCAAAGAAGGGAACGAGUGGAUUCUCGUUUGUCCCAAUUGAGAAACAGCAGACCCAGAACCCCUCGCUACGAAGGUAAUAUCCCGUUGUAUAAACAUGAGAAACUGCUACUGUUCCUCAUCUCAGGGAUCCAAUCGUAUUUCCAUCCUGAGAAUGGACUCAAUAUUGUCAAAUUGGGGGAAGCCACUGCCAUCGCCCCCUUCUUGAACCAUUUGCAACAGAUUAUGCUUCAAGACCCCACGGGGAGGAGAAUCCUUAGAGAUAAACCUUUCGUGCACACUAGUAUCCUCCAUAUGGAUAAGCUAUCCAAAUUACCCGAGAAUACCUUUGGUUACACGUUUUAUAAGUGGUGUAAGAGGGAGAACGUGGGACCUGACACAAGAGCACCUGUGAAAUAUAUUGACGAUCCCACACAUGCCUUCAUAUUCAGAAGAUAUAGACAAUGUCACGAUUUCUAUCAUGCGCUGGUAGAUAUGCCCAUCAUUAUUGAAGGGGAGAUCACUGUGAAGGCAUUGGAAGCCGCCAAUUUGGGUGUUCCCAUGGCUGCAUUGGGUACCAUUUUCGCACCUUGGAGAUUGAAACAUGUGCAGAGGGAAAGAUUAUUCGAUACUUAUAUUCCUUGGGCCUUGAAAAGCGGCUGGAACGCUAAACCUUUUAUUAAUGUCUAUUGGGAAGAAUUAUUAGAGAAGGAUGUCAAUGAUUUGAGGAGAGAAUUGGGGAUUAAGUUACCACCAGAUUUGAGAAACGUGAGAAAAGAAAGGGCCAGUUUGAUUAAACAAUUAAAGGCACCAUACUCACCUAAACCAUGA